AUGUUCAAGAAGAAAAUUUCGAGCUUGACGACAACGGUUGCCUCAGCGGCCGCCGCAACGACAGCGACAGCGAAGGUGAAAGCAACGACGUCGGCGCACACCCCGGUAAAGCGAGGCAGUAAAGCGAAGACGCUCGCUCUCAUCGAGAAGCAUCGAAAGAUUCUCGAUGAGGCAAGGCGUCAGAAAGAGGAGAUGGACCAGCUGACGCUCGAGCAAGGGGAGCGGCAGCGGCAGCAGCAGAAACUCACGCAUAUCACGGUUGCACCGCCAUUGCCUGCAACGUCAUGUGCGGCUGCAUCCGCAGCCGCGAAAGAAGAGCCGCCGCGAGACACCUUCACCGCCCUUGUCGAGCACUUUCUCGCCUCCACGCAGCCUCUCGCGGAUUUGGACGAGACCAUACAAGAGGCGCACAGCUCAGCCGGCGCUUCCAACGAGGCGCCAUUCAAGUCACCACCGCCACGGCAGACACGGUCGGCGACAGCCGCAGCCUCCCCCUCCAUCAUCACGUACCGCAGUUUCGCUGCAUCGCUCAUCUGCCCAAAGAAACUUUUCCUCUUACAGAAUCGCUCCGACCUGAUUCCCAAGGCUUCUCUCGGGGACAUGAUGCACUUCGACGACAGCGUCGGCUUCAACGAGCUGGUGCGGCGGUGGGACCGGCUCCAGUUCGGCAGCCGCGCUGUGCUCGUGAAGGAGAACGAAUUCUACCAGGCGGUGCAGCGCACGGAGCAGCUCAUCACGACAUACUUCCAAGGCCCGUACAAGUCGCUCGCAGAACAGGCGCCGUCGCUGACGAUUCACCGGCCGGCUUUCGCCGUCGAGUUCCCUGGCGGCGCGCACCAAACGCGAGCUGACGGCCGCGGAUCCAGCGCUGCUGCCACUGACUCGGCAGCCAUGGAGCUGCGCGCGCGUCCGGCUGUAGUACGGUAUCGCCCAAAGGAGAAUCAGUGGGUUUUCUUCGAGUCCCAGGCCGUCAUUGACCCUCUCAGCAGUCCGAGCCGCAUCAGCAGCUUCGUCCAGCGAUUCCACUUCACGGCUCUGUGUUUCCGGCUGUGGUUGACUCAGCCGCACUUGCCUAUCGAAGUUCGAAAGAAAUUUUUGCAGGUGGACCUGGACGGCAUCACGUGCGAGAACUUGGGCGGCCGCUCGCUGGAGUCCUCCGCACGCGCGGCGGCGCCGAUUGACCUGAAGCGCAGCGGGCUGCUGCACAUUCGCCAGUUCUUUCCCGGCCCGGCCACGCUGAUGGACUGCGACCCGCCUCGGCUUGUCAAAUUUAUUCAGCGAGUCUCCCUGGAGGAACUGAUAGCGGAGGACAGCAAGCACUACAGCAAGGAUGGUCACGGGCGGCAGUACAGCAACGCCACCGCUCGCGCUGGAGGCGGCGGUGCGGACUACUUCUCGCGUCACGGUUUCGGCGGCGGCGGCAGCGGCGCGGGUGCGGCGUUUGACCUGCGCAACUUUACCAGCGCCAUCGCUUCCCAUCCAGUCCUCGCCGGCCAUGCCGCGAAGGUUGAGCUGGCGGCUCUGGAGCUCGUCGGCCUUCACAACUCCCGCGCGACACGCAGCCAGCGCCACAAGGAUGAGGUGCAUCAUCGUCUCUUCGAGGCAGAGCAGCGCUUCAUGGAGGAACUGCUGCGCCAGCACACCCUCCCCCUCUUGAAGCGCCAACAACAGCAGAUGGCCGCAUUUUCUUCGGCCGAGGGGCCAGCGAGCAGCCCCCUGACAGCCUUCUCGAACCUCCUGGGCGACGACGGCUUCGUGCGCGUCAGCUGCGCCGCCGACGCAGUGGGCAACGGCAAGCACACGAAAGGCGUGAAGUCGGCGGCCCAAAAAGUGAAAGCUGCGGCAGCAGGCGGUCGAGGGAAGCGACAAGGCCCGGUAACCGACGAGGACGAGGAAUCAAAGGCGGAGGUGGAGGAGGACGCUGGUGACGUCGGCAUGCGCGGCGGCGACAACAUAGAUUCUCCGUGCUACGCACGGUACGUUGGCACUCACUGCCUGCGCGGCGGCGACGCGUGUCCGUUCUUUACCGAGGGCAUGUGUCUGCCUCGCAAGGUGGACGACGCGAUUGUGGCACGAGACAACCACCUCUUCACACUCCCGUCCACCUCCCUCGCACGCAAGGCGGCGUGGUGGGCGCAGGGGAAGCGCACCGUGCGCGACGUGCUCGCCGCGUACGAGCGAGGGGAGAGCGGGGUGCGGCUGACCAGUCCGCAAGUGCGCUACGCGAGCGCCCUCAGACAAGGCAAGGUAGCGUUGAACCCGAAGGAAAUCGACGCCUUUUUCGCCCGUAUUCGGUACCCGCUGUUCGUCAUCGACUUUGAAGCCGUGCAGUUUGCCCUGCCGCCCUUUGCGAAGGAGGUGGCGUACCAGUCGAUCCCGUUCCAGUUCUCUCUGGACGUGUUCCAGCACGACGUCCUGACGGAGGAGCCGACGCACUACAACUACCUGCACUUUGGCAAGGGCUACUCGCCAAACACGGACCCCCGCCCUGCCUGCAUCGCUGAGCUCAUCCGGAUCGUGCGGCUGGAGCGGGAGAAGAAGCGAAAGGCGAUGGAGGCAUCUGGUGAGCUGGAGCGCAUUGCUUCCGAGCGCGCCGCGGAGGAGGAGGCGGCGGCGGAGGCAAGUGGACGCUGCCGACGACGGGGCAAGAUGCCGAAGCCACCGAAAAUCACCAAAUCCAACCCGCUGGAGCAGCCGCUGCAUCCCUACGACGGCUGCUUCAUCGCGCACUUCGCCUCCUUCGAGAAGGCGUGCCUGGAGAAGCUGGGUCAGUUGGAGGAGAAGUACAAGGACGAGAUCAAGAGCUUCUGGUUCCUCGACACGCUCGACCUCAUCAAGAAGGGCUACCUGCACCCCAACGCGCAUGGGUCGAACUCGCUCAAGAAGGUUCUGCCGGCGCUCUGCCCCGACUUCCAGUACGGCGUCUUUGGCUCAGAAACGACACCGGCGGUGAUGGUGACAGCAAAUGAUGGCUUGCUUGGUGUGGGUGGCAGCGGCAAUGCGGUGCCUGUGUCGGAUGCCUCCGCGUCCAAGGGCAGCGCCGGAGAGGGCCAGGACGAGCAGAAGGGCGAGAACGCGAUGGGCGUGUACCGACUGUGGCAUCACAUGGAAGGCGGCGGCACCGUGCAGGACCUCGAGCGGGCGAAGCUCGGCCUCUCUGGCGGUACUCAGCAAACGCCGAACUGGUCGGAGAGCGUGCGCACCACCAUGACCAAGGAGGAGCGAGAGCGCUUGUGGCAAACCCUGCGCAUCCAAUUGCUGGAGUACUGCUCCCUGGACACCAAAGCCCUGUACGAGAUUAUGCGCGAGAUCUACAAGGAGAGAGAGGCGGCAGCGGGGAUCAAGACGCACGAUAAGACGGGGUGGGUACUCAUCGAUCCGGUGCCGCGCGAGGUGGACUUUUAG